GUCAGGCCGUCCUUCCAACUGCUUGAACAACUGGAACGCAGCACCCUCGGCGUUCCAUCUUGGCGCCGCCCGCCGACCGCUGGAGGCCGUUCCCUUGUCGCCCGCCGCUUCCGCCGCCUGCCGGGCGAACCCGUGGCCGCUGGCUCCUUGGCUGAGCUUGGCGUAGUGAGCUGUCUGCUUGAUUCAUAGCAACCGCCCACACCAUCCAUGGCGCGAUGGGGUGGAACAGCCGUGGUGGAGAGCUGGGGCGGUACCUUGGCGUUUUUGAAGGAGUACUGGGCAGCACUCCGCAACACGCACCAGAUCUUCUGGCGCAUUGCAUUUCGCAGGCGCACCUUAGAAGAGGAGCUGCAGGAGGCCCUGUUGCGAGGCAGCUUGCGCAAGGCUUUCAGCGGCUUUGACCUGCUCCUGCUGGGCCUGGGCAUUGUCAUUGGCAGCGGUUGGGCGCAGCUGUCUGGAGUGACUGCGCAGCAGUUCGCUGGGCCAUCAAUCAUCUUGAGCUACCUAUUCAGUGGCGUGGCCAUGCUGCUGGCGGCAGCGUGCUUUGCCGAGCUGGUCACCGAGUACCCGGUGUCUGGGGGCGCCUUUGCCUUUGUGAUGAUCAACUUUGGCGAGCUGGCGGCUUUUGUGACGCUGGGCGGCCUGGUGUUGGAGUAUGCGCUGGGCAUGGCGGCGGUGGCGCGCGGCUUCAGCCGCUACCUGGCGCGGCUGUGCAACCUGGACCAGAACCUCUUUGUGCUGGAGUUCUACGAUUGCCCACCUGGGCUUGAGCCGCCAGACUGCCCAUACACCCACAGCUUUGACUUCAUGGCCGCUGGAGUUGUGGUAUUCGUGUCUUUCUUGCUCAGCAUUGGGGUGCGCGAGAGCGCUUUCUUCAUCACAGCUGUGACGGCUAUCAAGGUUGUUCUGCUGGUGUUCAUCAGCAUCGUGGGCUACACCCGCGCGGGCCCAACCUGUGAAGACACAAGCCAGUGUGUAGGCAUGAGCUGCGCAGACUACUGCCAGCUGCAAGGAGUGUCUUCAGCAACAGACCCCUUCUUUGAUCCAGACUUUGGCGCAAAUGGCGUGUUCCUGGGAGCCGCCGCCCUAUUCUUCACCUACACCGGCAUGGACGCCAUCUGCAAUGCGGCCGAGGAGGCCAGAGAUGUGGCUCACCUGCCAUGGGCGCUGGUGGGGACGGUUGGCGUGUCUAUGUUGCUGUACACUAUGCUGGCUGUGGCUAUGAUGUACAUUGCAACUCCCAAUGCUGCCAAACCGGCGCUGCCACCGAUUGGACAGCCGAGCGAGACAGCGCUAACGUUUACCACCGCAUUUUACAUUGUGUCGCUGGCGGCGCUGUCUGGCAUUGUCACCGCGCUCACCGUCGGCCUCUUCUCGCUCUCCCGCAUUGUCAUGGCCGCCAGCCGCGAUUGGCUGCUGCCUCCCUUCCUGGCCCGCAUCUCGCCGCGUACGCAGACCCCGCUGGUGGCGCAGAUGGUGCUUGGCGUGAUCAUAGGUGGGACCGGGGAGCAGCUGACUCUCCACCUGGGCCUUAGCUUCUGA